AUGCCUGAUCGCGGUGAGGUUCCUUCGGUCACGCCGCCUGGUGUUGUAACUAUUCAGCCAACAGCCGCUGCGGCGACUAUUACCGACACACAGCCUGCUCUCACUGAGCCAAUGGAGGCAACGGGCGAUUUGAGUUUGCGAGGGGGGAUGGAGCUUUGUUUCGAUUCGAGAGCGUCUGAAAAAUGCAAUCACUGCUGCAGUCUUUGCAUGAGCCAGAUCUGCUGA